AUGGUCAUUCAAUCAUAUUUUCUUUCUAAUUUUAUGUAUAAAAUCAUCGAAAUUGUCAAAACAGUAAUACAUAUGUUCCAUUCUGAAAUGAAUACAAAUAACUCUAUGCCUUACUUCGUACCCGUUCCUCCAGAAGAAAAAUAUUCCAUAGGAAUUGAUACAAUAUACGUUGCUGAACAUCCUACCAGAUUAAUGGAAGAUCGUUUCCAAAAAUGGCAUGACAUUGUCACUGGAUUGACUGUAUAUUUAAGGGAAGUAGCAUAUACCCAUGAACAAAAUGCUCGCAUGAAUCUUCGUUUACAAGAACGUGCUGUUAACUUACGUUGUUUAACCGAUCUUAAUGACCAAACGAAUACAAUAUAUGAACCGAUUGAGGUCAAUCAUCCAAAGAAAAGGUCACAGAAUGUACCUAUUAUUCAACAAAAACAAAACCAAUAUCAAGAAAAAAUUCUUCCUGAUCCUGUUUAUAUGGUUGAAAGUAGAAGAGGUUCAGCACUAUCAGGGUUCAUGGAAUUUGGUACCGGAUCUAUUCAAGAUUUACAAGUUGUAUUAAAAAAAUAUCACAGCUCUGUAUCUAAUCAUGAAUAUAAAAUAUCUAAAGAAAUUUUACAAUGUGUUGUUCCUAAUAUAGAAGCUCUAGCAAAAGAACUCAGGAAAUACCGUAAAGAGAUUAAAUUAUUAUCUGGAGACUUUAAGACAAAUUUAGAGGAACAUAGAGCAACUCUAAAAAAAUCUGUAAACAGGUACAAUGAAAUGUGUAAGAAUGAUUUUACUUGCAAUGAUCCAUGUGCUGACCCUUUUCUCUUAAGAAAACAACUAAGUACAAGAUAUAUUGAACAUCGUUCUGAAGAAAGACAUCUCAGAGAAGCAUAUAUCAAUUUACAAGAAACCGCUAUGAAACUUGAAAAAACAAUUGUCAUCAAAAUUCAAUAUGCUUUGGAAAGGUAUUGUAACUUGAUUGAAGCUGAAGCAAGGUUGAUUUUGAAGAAUUUAUGCCAUGAAUUGAAACAAGGUAUCCUUGAUAGAAAACCGUUGGAAGAAUGGGACCAUUUUGUAGAAAACCAUCCAUCGGCAUUGUUACCUUUAAAAUCUGGAAUAAAUGUCGAUCAACUUCGUGGAUAUUACAGUACACAUCUCUUGAGAAAUAUGGUCUUGGUAUACCCACAAUCGAAAAAUAUUAAGAAUGGAUAUCUUUUGUCAAAAAUGUCUGCGAACAAAAGUAUCCACACCCAAUAUCGUAAAUCUCUAUUUGUUAUUACCGCAAGAUUUAUCCAUGAAUUUCCAAUAGACCAUACUAAGCAGCACCAUUCUACUGCUCCGAAAUAUAGUUUCCCAUUAGAUAGUUGUAAAUUAGAAUCAUAUACAGCAGGUAAAUUCAUUUUGACAACUGAUACUGUGUAUUGUUUGAAACAUAAUGCUAACCGUGAACAGUAUAGCAGAUAUAAGGGUUUGCUAAUGUCAACGUUAUUUGGCAAUCAGACAGCCUCAGUAGUUAAAAAAGAGGAAUACACAAGAGUAUACACACCAACUGAACCAAAGAAUAUAUCCUUUAAAUUACCUGAUUCGAAUAUGACCAGUGAAGAUGCAUUAAAAAGAUGGAUUAAUACAAUCAAGAGGUUGACAUCAUUUAGGAAUGUUACAUCCAGAGUAGCGUACCUCACUGAGCGAAUGGAUGAUAUCCAACAAGCGUACGAUCGAACUGUUGAUAAUGCAGGAUUAGUUAGGAUGAAUAACUAUAUCAUCAGCGAAAUUGCAUCUGGUGAACAACCAGAAGGGGAAAGACAAGGUGAUGAUGAUAAUAAUCUUUCCGAUUACAUGGUGGAUCCACUUGUUAGCCCCAAUGGUCCCGGAGGUGAGGCCACAACAUCGUACAUUGAAAGUACCACAAACGUCAAGAAUAGUUCGUCUUCGUUAUCAACCUCUUCUCUUUCGUCUGGAACUAAUUUGAUGGAUAUGUCCAACCGGGAAGGUUCAUUUGUUCAACCUGUUCAAACUAUUGUUUAUGAAAGCAGCAAACAUGAUACUAGGAACAUAAUCAAUAAAAUAAAGGAACAGGCUCAUUCAAAAACUAAUAAAGAUUUUAAAAUCAAAUUGACCAAAUCAAUCUACUCUUAA